AUGGAAAACUUUCUGUAUUUCGAUAUCAUGAACAUUGUCUUUGCCACAGCUAUAUUAGCCUUUGGUUCGGUUGUUAUCCCGAUCGUAAAGAUCAUCAGCUUUCACUGUGAGGGUGCUUUGAAGCGACUCAAGAGUCUGCCGCGUUUCUUUCUCCAGCAAGCGAGUCUCUGGUCGAAUGUGGUUGACAAGACCCGUGAAUAUCCUGACACCUAUCAAAUCUAUUCUACCCCGGAAAAAGAAUCACGCGGGCACUUGCCUAUCUUGGACAAGAAACCCCUGAGCGAUAACUUGAUAAUAAUUGGCCAUCACUUGAGAGACUGCGAAGGUACUGUGACAGCAUACAAGAUUUCCUCCAAGAAUGAACUCCCUGAUGUCAUUGAGGACAUACGCACCCAGGAGCGCAAAACUGGCAAGAAAGCAAGGUUCACUAUUACGUGUUCCUGA